CUUGCAAUAAAAACACGAAUAUUUGUGCGUAUACUGUUGUGUUUGUGAUAUUUAAUGAUAGAUAAGCGCGCGUAAACAUCGUAAUGUGACCGUUUAGCGUCGGUUUGAAUACAAAAAAGAGCGCUGUGAUGUCGCAGUAGGAUCUGUUUGAUCCAGCCUACUGUUGAAUUUCAAUACUGCGAUCCUCCACCAUGGGCAGACUAGAUGAUGCUGCCAAGCGCAAAGUUGUGGAGCUGCGAGAAGCAGGCUUGAGCUUCCGCAAGAUCAAGGCUGUGCUGGAGUUGGAGAACAUCAAGGUGUCUGCGCAGGCCAUCUACCUCUUCCUAAAGGAAUUUCAAGGGAGAGCUCGGAGGGAAGACGGAGCAGCGGGGAGAACCGGCCAUGCGGUGCCGACUUCAGUCAGGGAGGUGGGCAGCAGCGAGACUCGACAGGUUGGCUGGAGCGACCAGCAGCUAAGAAACCUCCUCAGAGAAGCUUCACGAGUCGCAGCCUCUCAGCAGGCCACGUCCUCCUCGGCGGGACAGUCUUCUGGGACGGCAAGCAGAGGAGAAGCACAGGAGAGGGAAAAAGACGAGGAUAUUCGGAUUGUCAGCGUAACGAGUUUAGCGCAGGGCACACAGCACGCUGGUGUCCAGGUGCCACGAUCAGGAGGUGGCACAGGGGCAAUGAGUGCAGCUAAUUUUGCAAGACGACGACACACACCAUCACCUGCCAAUCCUGUGCUGGUGGCUCGUAGGAGACUCCUGGAUAAAGCUUUGCUUCAUCGAGCAAGGGUAAGGGAAGGUGGACCACAGACCGGCCAGCAGGUGCCGCUGUCAGUAAGACGAGAUCAGUCCUGUUUCACUGGUCCUGAUGGGAGAAAAGUUGGGUUACCCCAGACAGCUUCAUAUGACCUCACCAGAGCUCCAAACAUGAGGGGCUCACACCAAGGACCCUUUCCUCCCAAGAGAUGGAUGCAAAGGACAGGCACUCCCGUUCGCACCCUUCAACAUCCUCCUCGCAUAGCCGUCCGCCCCCCGGACCCGGCCGCAGCUGGGAAUACAUCCCAAAACGCAGGUCCUUCUGCACGAGUCCAAAACGUGACCAGCCAAUCUUCCCCUCCUCCCCAGAGGAACAUCCUUGACCCCGGAGCUGUGAGCGGCCUGCAAGAGCAGAUUCAGUCCUUGAGCUCCGAACUGAGAAAUCUGGGCGUAGCGCUGAGGAUGAUGGCAGAACAACAAGGCCGGUUGGAAAGAGAGCAAGCCCAGCAGACUCAGGUCCAGAAGCAGAUCCUCAGCACCCUUCAAGAAAUGGCGACCAGACUAGAACCCUGCAACGUACUGCAGUCACCGUCUUCCUCAACGUUACCAGCGUCCUGUUCCCUGGCCUCCUCUGAACCCUUCAGCCAGGCCGCCCCCAACCAGGGCAUCUACGCUCAGUGCAGUCAAGCACAGACGCGAUACAACGAGAUCCACGACUCGGGACUCGAGGGCAUUGAGGGGUUCUCUCUGGACCAGCUUAGCCCAGCCACCAUGAAUGGAUUUCAGCAGUGCCCAACCACCGGCGUGCCCUCGUUCACCCAUUCGCAAACGUUUUCCCAUUCACCCUAUACGCAGUCGCACACAGACUCAUACACAGGCAUGAAUAAUAAAUCGGUAGAUAUGCCCUCAACCAGUUCGAAUGGGACUUUCCAGAGUUGUAGUCCACCUAACCAGCCCUCCAGUCUUCCAGUGUCUCCACACGAAACAGAGCUGAACAUUAUUAAGGUGGAGAACGUCUGAAAAUCCAGCAAUGAAACAUAUGUCGAAAACUUGGAUUCAGCACAAUGCCUAAAUUAAAUAGACGACAGUUCACAUUAUAACCCCUUGUAGCACUCUUGCAGUGAUGUGGCCAAGCUGGCGUGCCUAAAAGUGUUUAUUCUUACGAAUUGCAUCGCCUUUGUUUCGAGCUGUAAUGAAGUAGAUGUAUUUUCUCUGAGAGAUGUUUCUCACAGGGUAGAUUCACAGACGAAUUUAUCGCUCACUAGGGACGUGCUAGUGUUUCACAAAUACAUAUCUAUAUAUUCAGUGUUGUAUAAGACCUUACAUAAUGAACUGUAUUGUUUUUAUUAACUUAAAAUGUUUCGUUUUUAUCUACAUACACCCCUGGUCCCCUUACAUGGAAGUCGCUUUCAUGUUUCUACAAUAGCCCUAAACAGACAAAUUGCUCUAUAGAGAGACGACGAUGUGUUUGUCCCGUAGCGGCUAUCGUAGCUUCUCUAUGCGUUUCGAAAAAGGGGGUGAGCUGUGGACUGAGCCAUUGGUUGCAGUUCACAAUCUCACUUUUGACAUUUGUCAAAAUAACUUAAAAUCGUAACACUACUACAAAGAGUAAAAACAGAAGUCCUCGAAAAUUCAAAUGAUGGGCCACGUUAUACACGCCCUGUGAGCAAAUCCUGCAGAAAAUCUGAAAUGGGCAUAUGACAGUUCGGCAUUAUUGUAGCUAUAAAUUCGUGUUUGCUUUUAAGUACAUUUUAAGUUAAAUGAUAGAAGUUUAGCGUUAUUGUAGCAUCGUUACUAAGAGAUGUUGGUUUAUAUUAUUGUACAUUAUUACAUGUUAACUGUCCAAAAUUUCAAGACCAGCAAGAAACUGUCCAAGAGAAGAGUUUUCUUAUUUAAAAUAUGUUUUUGAAUUUUCAUAUGAAAAUAAAUAUCAGUAGUUUUAGUGAAAUAU